UGUCUAUAAAUGUUUCCUGUGAAAUUGAUCGAUUUGUAGUUGUCUCCCUCUAGAUCAGAAUUCUAAGAUUUCUCAACCAAGAUGAGUGAAAAUGAUUUAGACUAUGAUACAUUCAAAUUUGAGCAAAUCCAUAAGCCUCCAUAAAUAAAGAAAAGUUCCUCAUACCCAAGAAAUUAUGUAAUAUAAUAAACACUAUUUAUUUAGUAUAAGUAAUAACUCAUUGAAGAAAGCAACAUUGAAGGUGAUCAAAUCAUUUAGGAAUGCAAUCGCUUUGUUUAGGACUCUUAAGUUUCAGUCACUCAAUUACUUUAAGAACUUGCACUUGAAUAACCAAAAAAGAAUAGAAGUACUGGUUAUCUUAAGUUCUUUGAUGAGAACAAAAACUAUGGUUUUAUUGUUAUGGAUUAGGAUGGGUCAGAUAUAUUCGUUUAUGCUGAUGAUCUCACAAAAACAGGUAUCUCAAGAGAGUAUUUAAGAACAGCUAAAUUCGGAAAUUAUAUCAGGUACUCUUUUUAUCUCAAAUAUAAGAUUUACUUUUACAUGCAUGGAAUAUUAUGGUAAAUAUAACAAAUCAAGAAAAGCCAUUGAUUUGGAAUAUUAAAAGCCACAUCCAUUCUUCCAAACAGUAUACUGAUUUAUAUAUACA